AUGGCUCAGAAUGAGAGAGAGGCAGGGAUGGCCAACCCCGCAAGUGAUCCAGAGACAGGAAAAAAAGAUCUGACAAAAGCCCUGGAGGAACUCUGUUAAGAGCCCCAGAGAGGAGAGUCAGAAAAGGAUACUGCAAAAAUGAGAACCCAACAGAUUCAGCAUUUGCAGGAGUGCUACAUGGAUUGGGCCAACAACCAUGAAAAAAUGAUCCAGUUCAAGGAUGAACAUGGGAAACAACAUACACAGACGUGGGAGGAGAGUAGUGCCUAUGGCAGGAGAACGAGACGUGCGUUAGCUAAAGUGCUCCAGCUUGCUACCCAGCCCAGAAAAGUCUCACAGCAGCUGGACUCCUUACAGAAGAAAUGUGCUUUUAGGAGUCACAGAGCCCAGGAGAGAGAAAAAGAGCUGCUAGAACCUCAGAGCCCAAAUGCCUGUGCCUGGCACGUUGAUUCACUAAAAACCCAGCUACAACACCUACAGGAGAAGGACCAACAAACUGUUGCACAGGUUGAAUGUGCAGAAAGUCAGCAGAGGGCUCAGGGCAGCAAGCUGCAGGACAAGCUGGAGAGGGCCAAGAGGGAGAAAGAGCAACUACUGAACCUGGCCACAAAGAGGGGUAAAGCUCUGCAAGAUGAACAACAGGAAAUUCAGCAGCUGGGGAAGAAGAGGGAGACUGUGCAAAAAGACGGUGACAGAGCACUGGAACAGAGCAGCUACCUGCGGGCCGUGCUGGCCAACCAGAGCGCUCUAGGGCAGCUCCUGAGCCGCUUAGCCGGGAUCCGCGCCGGCGGGCUGCAGCUCAGCACCAGCCUCUUCAGGGACACGGGCAGCCCCCACCGCCAUCACCACCACCUCCAGCCUGCCGGCGAGAGCAGCGACCACGACUACGCCUUGCCCAGCUCCCGGCCCGCCAGCCGGGAGGAGGCGGCGGUGGUGACGGAGACUGAGGAGGAGUGGGCGUCCCCCGGCGGGAUCUGCCUCCACGUGGACCGGGAUCAGGUGUCGGUGGAGUUCUGCUCCAUCUGUGCUCGGCGAGCAGCGGCCUCCUUCAAAAUGUAG